AUUAAAAAAUCAAAAAAGCAAAAUAAUACCGAAACAAAAAUUGAGGAAGAACAUGACCUAACAAGGGUCAAAUUCUAUCUAGGGUUUUGUUUUCUUUCCAAUCGUCGCCACUACGAAUUACUACGCGAUUACAACCAGCCCAUAAUCGAGCAGAUGGCCAGGUGGGAUGAGAUUCUGUCCCUUCCCGUACAGAACCCUCCGAACUUGGAGUUCUCUUCUGAUGAUCUUGUGUGGAGCAAGGUGGAAGGUUGGCGGGACAAUAUAGACACAGUUGCACUCAUUCCCUUUGCCAGAGUGGAUGAUUUUGUCCGAGGUGAAUCCUCUAAUAAGGACUGCCCAACGAGGUUCCAUGUUGAAGCAAGGAGGCGUAGACCUCCAGAGAUGGCUUACAAGCCUAAGGUUGAUGGCAUUCUUGAAUAUAUCCUGUAUUGGUGCUCCUUUGGUCCAGAUGAUCACAGAAAGGGUGGCAUUGUUCGGCCCAGCAGGAGUACAUACGUUGCAAAAAAUAAAUCUGCCGGUCGGCCAAAUACAAAGAGAGGGUGCACUUGCCACUUCAUCGUGAAACGCUUAAUUGCCCAGCCUUCAGUUGCACUUAUCAUAUACAAUCAGGAUAAACACGUGGAUAAGAAAGGGUUGCCAUGCCAUGGUCCACAGGACAGAAAGGCUGCUGGAACUCGUGCUAUGUAUGCCCCAUAUAUCUCGGAGGAUCUCCGCCUCCGCAUCUUAUCUCUACUAUAUGUUGGGGUUCCAGUGGAAACCAUAAUGCAGAGACAUAAUGAAUCAGUGGAAAAACAAGGGGGCCCAUGUAACCGUGAUGAUCUUUUGACUCACCGAUGUGUGCGGAGACAGGAGAGGAGCAUUAGACGGUCUACGUAUGAAUUGGAUGCAGAUGAUGCAGUCAGUAUCGGCAUGUGGGUUGAAAGCCACCAGAAUCAUGUUUUCUUCUUUGAGGAUUUCUCUGAUUCUGAUCCUUUUGUCUUGGGUAUUCAAACAGAGUGGCAGUUGCAACAGCUGAUACGGUUUGGUAACCGUGGUCUUAUCGCUUCUGAUUCGAGGUUUGGAACAAAUAAAUUGAAGUAUCCCAUUCACAGUCUCGUUGUUUUCAACUCGGAGAACAAGGCCAUCCCAGUAGCAUGGAUAAUAGCUCCAAGAUUUUCAAGUGGCGAUACCCAUAGAUGGAUGAGGGCUCUUUAUAACAGAGUGCACACAAAAGAUCCUAUGUGGAAGUUGGCUGGGUUCAUAGUGGAUGAUCCUUCGGCUGAUAUCCUCACAAUCAGGGAAGUCUUUCAGUGCUCUAUAUUGAUAUCCUUUUGGCGAGUUCGUCACGCAUGGCACAAGAACUUGGUAAAGACAUGCUCAGAUAUUACCCUACGUGCAGAGAUAUCAAGACGGCUUGGUCAGGCAGUGCACAGUGUCUGUAGAGGACAUGGAUCUGUGGAUUUGUUUGUGGAUUUCAUGGAAGAUUUCAUUGAUGGAUCAGAUUUUAUGGAUUACUUUAAGGCGGUUUGGUAUCCUAGAAUAGGUUCGUGGACUACUGCCCUGAAGACUCUUCCACUUGCAAGCCAAGAGACUUGUGCAGCAAUGGAGUUUUACCACAACCAGAUGAAGCUUAGGUUGCUAAAUGAGAGAGCCCCGUGUGUUUAUCAACGUGCUGAUUGGUUGGUCGAUAAGUUGGGUACUAAAGUCCAUUCGUACUUCUGGCUUGAUGAGUAUGCAGAAAAAGAUGAUUUUGUGCGAUAUUGGAAGGACGAAUGGAAGAGUGGUUUGACAUCUUGGCGCAAGUCAUUAGAAAUUCCAGACUCUGAUGUUGUCACGGAGGGUAAAUGUGUAAAAGUUAAUGAUCAGGAAAACCGAGAUAGAGCUCAUGUUGUACUUAACACAGGUUCAGAGUUUGCAAUCUGUGAUUGCAGUUGGGCAGAGAUGGGCAACCUUUGUGAACAUGUUUUCAAAACUAUGAAGGUUUAUCGCGGUAAAGGGUUUAGUUUGCCAUCUGUCAGCAUGUUUCAGUAUAAACAAGCUUUGAUUAAUUUGUUACAGUGCCCACCCCGUGAUUCUUUGAUUCGGGAUCAUGCUGUUUCCCUUUCUGUUUGGGUGCAAAAGCAGUUAGAUACAAUGGUUGAUGUAGAAGGUGAACUGACCACUGUGGAUCCUGCUGAGGCACAAAAUGUUGGGACACUUCCUGUUAAUCAAGAGAGAGAUAGGAUGAAUGAGAAUCACAGUACAAAUGAGAUCAUAUCAUCUGGUGCUGAAAAUGGCCUGGGUGAUUCGUGUGGUAAUUUGGUUGAUCAGCAAGAUAGUGAAAAUGUCAUUUGUGGUGAACGAAAUGGAACAAAAACUUCUUGUUGUGAGAUGGAAGUUGAUCUGGUAUCAUCGGGAUUAUUCUCUGUUGAUGACGUUGUAUCUGCUAAUGCCUUUACAGGAAAUGGACAGAGAGUGUUGAUUGACACAGGACCGGACAUAAUUAAGAAUCUUGCUUCUACAGGUAAUUCAUUUGCAAAUCUAAAUUGUUUUGAAGAUGAUAUAUUGGAGAAAGGUUCUUGUGAAAAUGCUAUGGAUAUAGAUCCGCAAUCGGUUCCAGUAAUUGUAUCUGAAGAUCAAUGCACAAUUGUCCAUCAAAAUGGUGUUCACAGAAAUGACAAAGAACCUUCAGUUAUUCCCAAUGUAGUGCAUGUGGAAGCUGCGGCUCAGAUUGAAGAGAAUGCGGGGAUGGGCGUGCAAAAUAAGAGUGGAAGUUCAAGUCAAAACCAUAUCUCUACGGAUGAUGUUGAUGUCCCAUUAGCGGGGCUUCAAGAUAGCACAGCUGAGGAUUCCAAUCUUGGUCAAAACGGAAAGGAGGUGGAUUUUCCUUCAAUAAGUGAUAAUGCUUCGGCAGCCGUCUCCGUCCCUGUCGCCAAUGAUUCGCAACUGGUUGAUGUUGUUGAUGCUGCAAGUGGAACUGACAAAAAUCGAGGCGCGUGCCCUCAGAAUAACACAAGUCAGAAUAGAAACUCCAAGGAUUGUGCUGUGCUGCUAGAAGGAAUUCAAGUUACCACUGUGGAAGAUUCCAAUAUUUGUCACGAUUCAACGGAAGGAAGUUUCAGUCCCAAAAUACAGAAUACUGCUGGAUUUGCUUCUGUCUCUGCGUCCAUUGAUGCACAGCUGGCCAAUGUGGUUGAAGCUGCACGUGGAAUUGAAGAGAAUAGGCAGAUGUGCCACCUAAAAGAGAAUGGAUGCUUUAGUCAUAUCGUAUCCUUGAUGGAUAAUGAACUUCCAUCUUCAGGGUUCAGAGAUAGCAAAGCAGAGAAUUCCAAUCCUGGUCAUGAUACAAAAGGUACUGACAACAUGAUGCUUCGGUGCCUGGAAUCAAGUCAAGCCUCCUCACUAAAAUCAAAUUCAAGUCAGUUACAUCAUCCUUGCAUUGAGCCCGGAACUCGUGAGAAAAGCACAUUCGUGGAGCUGCCUUGUGUUGAUGAACCUUCAGCUGUUAGAUGCGGGGAUGAAGAACAUGUUGUGUAUUGCAAUUUUCCCGUUGAGGUGGCCGAGGGAACUGUUCCAGUGGAGUGUUCCCAGGGAACUGUUUCAGUGGAGUGUUCGCAAAUCUCACCUGUGAGGGGUGUAUCUCACGAGUAUCGGAAUGCUGCUGCCGAUGUUGCAAGUGGUGAUGGUUGAUAUUGGUGCUCUCCCUUUCUCCAUGUACAUACUUACCAUGGAUCCAAAUUAUACCUUAUCCUGUUAAGCAACUUUUUUUAGAAAAGCAUGGCCAGUGCAGCUUGCUGACUUGGGUGCAACUAAUGCCUUACUCGCUGCUUCAACAUUCGGGAGGCUAGGAAACAAGCUCUGACACAUCCCUGCCCCGAGUCCCAAAUGGUGUGGUUUGGACACGUUUGAAGUGUGCCCAUGCUGCUGAUCUUGGCAAUGCAACACAGCUUCUUUUAGAGAAAUAUGGAAGGAUUGGAAGGAUGUUGGAAACUUGGAAGAGGAGAUAGUGAGAAACAUGCUCUCAGAUUCCACGAUGGCUCAUUGCCUAUGUGUUUGAUCUUAUUGAAUCCUUUCCGGCUUCCAUUAGAGUGCUGAUAUAUACAGCACAGCACAAAGGUUCAUUUCUAUUUCUUGUGAUGUAACAGAAAAUGAAACAGCCCGCUUCUGGUGUUCGCAGCCACAAGGAUGAAGAUUAAGUUCGUUAUUGUUAACUUGUUUCUUUUAACC